AUGGAAAAUGAUGAUAAUAAUGAAAAUAGAGAUGAAGAUGAAUUGUUGUCAUCCUCGAUUCAAGAAAAGGUUAACCAUGCCUCGGAUCCAUUUUCAGUUCAUCGUUGCAUAUAUAGGAUCCCUGGUGUACUAAGCAAGCAUAAGGAAAAAGCUUUCGUUCCAAUCGUAGUUUCAAUUGGGCCAAGUCACCAUGGAAACGAAAACCUUCAAGCCAUGGAAGAAGUUAAGCUAUGGUACUUGCAUUGCCUCCUUGACCGAAAACCAACUCCCGAAACGGAUAUGGAGUCUCUUGUCAAAGCCAUUAGACCUAUACAACAAGCAUGUCAAGAGUGUUAUGAAGAAAAAAUUCAUAUCAGCAAUGACGAAUUUCUUGAAAUGAUGGUGAUUGAUGGUUGCUUUAUUAGCGAAUUCUUUCUCAGGUUUGCCAACGAGGUGAACGUCGACAACGAAGAUGGUCUCUUUUCUACAUCAUGGAUGCUUUUAGCAGUCAUAAAUGAUCUGCUUCUACUUGAAAACCAACUUCCUUGGAGAGUUCUUGAUUGUUUAUUUGAGCUCACAUGUGAAUCGGGAACGUCUUCCCUACUAGGGCUUAUUAACAGUACUUUCAAGGCCUACACUGGGGGGCUAUCUGCAAAGCCUAGUGGAACAGCGAAACACAGGCAUUUACUUGACUUCAUACGAAACUCUUUCCUUGGAUCAUACCCAGAAAGCCAGUCGGAUGAAAGCACGAGAGAUUCAGAAGCAAUUCAAAUGUUGGGGUGA